AUGUCAAAAAUCAACAACCUUGAAUAUGCUUCCCUCAAUCUCUCCGGAGAUAAUUACCUCCAAUGGGAGCUUGAUACCAAGAUCCUCUCAAGGUCCAGAAACCUUGGUGAUACUAUCACUGAAGGCACUGAGCUAUCAGACAAGGAUAAUUACAAGGCAAUUGUUGUCAUUCGCCAUCACCUUGCUGAAGGUCUCAAGGACCAAAACCUGAGAAUCCAAGACUAUAAGUCUGUGGAAGAGUAUAACUCGGCUUUGUUCAAAAUAGUCUCAAAGUUGAAACUUUGUGGUGAGACUAUUACUGAUGCUGAUAUGUUGGAGAAGACAUUCUCCACAUUCCACACCAGCAAUGUUGUGCUUCAGCAACAGUACCGAGAGAAGGGUUUCUCCACUUAUGCUGCCUUAAUCUCUUGUUUGUUGCUAGCUGAGCAAAACAAUGAGUUGCUCAUGAUGAACAGUGAGCUAUGGCCUCCUGGUGCUAAAGCAUUGCCUGAGGCACAUGCGGCCGUAGAGCCAAAGGAUGAGACUCCAAGAGAGUCAUACCAUGGUCGCAUGAGAGGCCGUGGUAGAUGGCAAGGUCGUAACCGUGGGUUUCAACCACGUGGCCGUGGAUUUCAACCACGAGACCAUCUUGGUCGCAGCCGAGGCCGAGGCUAUAGCCGAGGUCAUCAAGCUAACCGUGGGUAUAUGUCCGACUUCAAAACCCAUGGCUCGAGCUCGACCAAAUCUGCUUGCCAUAGUUGUGGGAUGACCAAUCAUUGGGCUAAUAAAUGCAAAACUCCCCAACACCUUGUUAAGCUCUACCAGGAGAUCAUAAAGGGCAAGAACUCUGAGGCAAAUUUGGUCCAUUAUGAUGAUGAGAAUGAUCUGGACCAUGAGGAUGAUCAAGCCCAUGACAAAGAUGAUCAGGAGGACUUUGAGACUUCAGACCUCCUUACAAGUGGCUGA